ACAAAUUAAAUAAUUACAAUACGAUUAAACGCAAUACGAAAAUAAACUAUCAAUUAUUAAAUAAAUUAUCAAAGUUUGAAAAAUCGAUUGCAAUUGCGAUUCUCGAACGAAAUCGAGUGGUGUAUCUUGAAUGUUGUUCUUAAGAUGGCGUCUAAACGAGGGCGCUUAAAUCGUUUGCAUCCAUGCGCUUUGCCAAGCUGUGAUCAGUAGUGCAGGAGCAAGUAUCGGGAGAAGUUGGUGGGUGUUGAGUUUUUUGAACAUCUUGCCUCGCCGUUUAAAAGACGAGUGGCUGGUACGCCAGGGAAGAUAUUCACUACCGUGCUUUCGCGUAUACGUGCCCGAAAAAUGUAAUAUGGCGAUGGUCGCGUCGAACAUGAGCGGCCACAUACAAAAGCAGCUCACCAGAAGUCUCGAGCGAAUCCUGGAGGAAGCACACUUGAGCGGUGAACUCAAGCUUAGCGGACGAAAACUUAAGGACUUCCCAAAAGUUGGGAAAACGGGUUCUAGCAAAUAUAAUCUUCAGGAUACGGUUAUUGCCGAUCUCUCGAAGAACCGUUUCGCCGAAUUGCCGGAAGAAGUGACGGAAUUUCUGUUCCUCGAAAAGCUGCAUCUCUACCACAAUGCGAUAAGAAUAAUACCGGAGACCGUGGUGAUGCUACAGUCCCUCAACUACCUCGAUCUUAGUCGCAAUCAAUUGACGUCUCUACCUCGGGAGAUAUGCAGGCUACCGCUGCAAACGUUAUUGGUCGCUCACAACAGACUGGCGUCUCUGCCGGACGAAUUGGGCAGAAUGUCGGCGUUGGCGGAGCUCGACGCCGGCUGCAACGAAAUCACGAACCUGCCCCCUCGGAUGGGUGAUCUUGCGCGACUUAGGUCCUUAGAUUUGAGGAGCAACAUGAUCGUGCACCUGCCUAUAGAACUGACGUACCUGAGACUCGUAAAGCUGGAUAUCAGUGGCAAUCGAAUAUCCGUGCUUCCAAACGAGAUGAGAAAAAUGAAGAGCCUGGUCGACUUCCGGCUGUCCGAUAAUCCUUUGACCUCGCCGCCUGCCUCGCUAUGCAUUCGCGGGCGAACGCACAUCUUCAAAUAUUUGGAGAGACAGGCGGCGAAACACGAGAGAGCCAGAGGCGGCCGCGCGAGAAGGACACCCUUGGAUGUUAGAGGUCACGCGACUCUAGACACGAGAACUCAUAGGCGGCACAACGUCGACAGUGGCUAUAGCACCAGUGACGGCGUCGACAAACGCUGGUCUCAAGAAAUUCACAGCGCGGUGCAUGAUGGCGAGAUUCGAGGGCUAUGGCGUCAAGAAUGUUCGCCCCUUUCGAUCACGUUGCCGCACGAGACAGGUGUGAAUGGAUCCUGCAGCGGAACCUCGACUCCUAGUACCAUCUCGCCUGGUGAGCACACGUCUCUCGAAGAUGAGCUCGGCAAGGCUAUGAUACUGCACGAUCAGUUGGAAAAGAGAAAACUGGAGAGAAGCACCUCGGAGAAUGGAGCCGAUGUCAGAAGACCGAUGACCUCUGGCCUCUACCACGCGUCGAUUACGCCACCCGGUCCCCUCGAAUCCGCUCAUCUGAAUCAGGCGGUGCCAGUCUCCACGAACACGCAAUCCGUGCAACCGCUGCAAACGUCGAUUUCGAACGCUACUACCUCUUUAAUGAACGGAGAUGAGAAAAGGCCGCUGAAUCACAUUCAAACUUACAGGGAGUAUAAAGAGGCGUUGAGACAACAAAGGGCAAACGAGGGACCUAGCGUGUACAGGCCACGGGAACAAGUCACUCCACCAGACAACGAAUCGCAGAGCAACGAGACAGACUUGGCUAGCAAUAAAGACGCACUUGGUAUGGUCGGUAAACAGAUCUUCAACGAGGAAAACGCGACCAAGAGACCAGUACAGAAGGUAACUCCGUCACGCAUCAACUAUCAGAACACGCCAAUUAUCAACGGUAGCAAUAACGAAUACAACAAUAAGAACGGAAAGUACCUCGAGCAGCCGUAUAAGAAGCCUAAUUCGCCAAUUAAAACAUCUUCGAGCAUUUUAUCUGCCAACACCAGUCCGGGACACACUCCUAGGCUAGUCAAAACAGCUGUUGGUUACGUAGAAGGUAACAAAAGUCCCAGCAGAAACGGUGGAAGUCCAAAGUCUCCCCGAUCGGUUACGUGGAACAGCAACGUGCCAGAGAAGUAUUCGUUCACCAUGAGAAGGGAGUUUGAACGUGCCAAGGAAGAAGCUGACUUGAUCGAGCAGCUCCGAAACCAUAUUGAAACGCGGUUGAAGAUGGCUCUACCGGAAGAUCUUGCUCCGGCGUUAACAGACGGAGUUGUACUCUGUCAUUUGGCAAAUCACGUAAGACCUCGGUCGGUUGCCAGUAUCCACGUUCCUUCGCCAGCUGUGCCCAAGUUGACAAUGGCAAGAUGCAGGCGUAACGUCGACAAUUUUCUCGAGGCGUGUCGAAAGAUAGGCGUGGAUGAGAAUCUCGUGUGCUGCGCUAGCGACGUCCUGGAAGGAGGUCGAGGUGUGGUUCGCGUGGCUGUCACGGUCUCGGAAUUGCUCAGGUUCCAUCAGUCACGGUCCCCGUUGCAGACCACGUCAUCGUCGAACGUGCCGAACCACGUAUCCGCUUAGCGCCAGACUAUAUAAAGUCGACAUGGCGAGGAAAAAGCAAAAGAUUGUCAACGACGGCGGGAACGGACUGGCGGCCACGUUUUCCAACCUACCGCACGUAUAUCAAGGAAGGAUGGACCCAGCAGCAGCAGCAACAGCAGCAUCGUGCUGCGUUUCUAUAUACUCGAGGCACGCGAUUUCAUAGCGCGUACAAAACCGAAGGAAACGCCGCGCUUCUUGGUCCAACUUCUCGAUCGAACAAUAAUGCCAUAGGGGACCGAUAAUCUCCAGACUUUUAUACUCAUAUUGUACGCGUCAGGUAAUCGCGUGUCUGGUCGCGAUCCAGCGACUUUUUCCAAAUCAAAAGAAAAAUGCAAUGACGCGGCUAUUGGACGCAACUGGUAGACUGCGAUUAAUCAUGACACUCGAUUAUAGUUGUACUAUGAAACUUUUAUAUGUGAAAGACAAGACAAGUAUCUUUGUACCAGAGAACGAAAAAGUAGCAGGAAACUAGGAUAUAAAAUCGUAGUGGAGUUUUACACGAAGAAUAGGCUACGACGCGCGAAUGCAACAGUCAUACGAGGAGUUAGUAAAUAUCGGAGACACUUUUUUCGGGCUCGAUUUUCCGAAGCCACGAAGCAAUGAAAAAAGUUCCUAGACGCGUGUAACUAAUGCGCUUCAUAUUUCGUACUUAUCAUACGUUAAUAUCAGCCCAAGCAUUAUCUAGAUCGAGACGAUUGUUUUUCAACGAUUAUCAGAAGAAGAUCGCAGUUGCGCGAACUUUUUUCGUUGUUCCACCGUUCAGGUUCACUCCCAAUAAAAUGUCUCCUAUAUCUAUUAACAGAGUUUGUAUAUCCGUGCUUUCUAAAUAGCUGGUAAUUACGAGGCAUUUCGAUAUCGCAACGUGGAACAAUGGUCGAUCAAUCAAAUGAAAGCGCACGAAGAAAUGAUAACGCGAUCGAAACGAACCCGUCGAUAUUCUAUCGAUAUUCGAAUUAUUCUGCAAUUAAUCCAAGUAUAUAUAUAUAAAUAUAUAUACACUUGCAACAGAGGAUGAAUUCGCGUAGCUUAGAACGGAGUUAAACCGACAGAAAUUUACGCGAAUCGUCUCGAUCCAAGAGAUUCGAUAUAUUUUUAUUUAUCGAGCGAUACUCGGUUCGUUUGUUCCGCGACACAUUAACGAUUUCGUUCACCACCUAACGGAAUACUAGAAAGCUGGGCUUUUGGUCAUGGUCUUUAGUCUCGAAACGAUACAUAUGCGAUCUACUGCGGAUUAAGUAGGUUUCUGCGUGAGCGGUAAGUUAGUUAGGGCGUUUUCAAUACCAUCGACGAUCGAUAACGAGCUCGGUCGGCUGAUCGAGGUAGAUUGUCGGCAACGAGUACUAAACAGGUCGUUGGUAUAUUAAAUAUAAUUGGUUCGUUUAUGUAAAAUUAAGGCCUAGGUGUUCACGGCAACGUGUAGCGUAAGCGUUGCUACCUUCUUUUAUCUAGUGCGAGACACUUAACCGUUUCUUUCCCUUUUUCUUUUUUAUAUAUCUUCGGCGCGUAUUCGAUAUCGAGCUGUCUUUAUCGUCGAAGUAACGAUUUCGAAUACUGCCACGAUUUGAUAACAACUCCCGAAACGAUAAAACCCCAUUAGGUGCUAAGCGUAAUAUCGUUAGCUGUAAUUUCCUGUAUCGUCGCAAGGUUCGUUCAGAAUCUUCUUUUCUUUUUUUUUUCUUUUUUUUUUAUUUCGUUUUAUUUAGGAAUGAUCGCGUAAGAGGAAUACGAAGGAUCUCAUGCGUCGUGAUCGGUGAGGAGCGAAGCGAUUACGCCUCGGUGUCUCGUCGAGAUGUUUCACUGCUCGUUAACGUUCCCAAACUCAUCGGCGAGACAUCUACCGUAGAAGAUUGUACCGUGUAUUCGUAUUUAUUGUGCCAAAGAUAUACCCUACGUUAUAUACGUUAAUUUUUCUUUCUAUUUCUCAUCGAGGACGAAUCUCUGCAGAAAAGAAACGACGUUUCCGAAAUAACUUCGAAGAACGAAGAACGCUACCGAAUCGUCGAAGAUCCUUCGACGAGGUACGUUGGAUGUACGAUGCGUGGUCGAAACGACACGGCGAUCGCGCGCCGCUCUGUCUGUCUGAUCGAACGUCCGUAUCUCCUGUGUCAACUUGCAAGUGGAAUUAGACGCGAUUCGCUCUCGUCUAUACGAAAGUACGUACGUCGACCGCAGCUGCGUCAUCGUACCGAACUUUCUACUAAUCUUCUUUCGAUUUUCCCCUCUUUCUCUUACCUCUUCUCGGGCUUUUUAGCCCGAUUUCACCCUUACGUUUAAUUCGUUCGAUCAGCACCUCUCGUUUAUAGGUAUAUGCGAAUUCGUCAAACGACGCAUCGCUGCGGAAUUGUAUCGUUCGCUGAAACGGCGUUUGCGUUUCUCAGAAACGAACGCGCCGCCAUGACGCGACUGGCUAUCGUUUGGGACGUCUCGAUCGAACAGGCCAUAUCGCCAACAGUAUUACCGAUCAUCCCACCGAUAGAAGACUCCUCCAAACGUGUUUUACAAAAAUCUCCCACCUUUGUGAUUAUCGCGUUCACCGAGUCGAUCGAUUCGUACCAAACGUUUGCCCUGCGAUCGAUACGUAAAUACACCGCACGUAAUAUAUUUAAAGAUUAACGGAUACAGUGUAUAAAAAAUAAAUCGAAAAAAGUCUACGUA